AUGGAGGAAUGUGGCGUCGGCGGCACUCUGGAGCGCUGGGGUAGUGGCGAUCUCCAAGGUGGGUUCAGAAGGAGGAGGGCCAAGGGGAAUGGGGGGUGGAGGGGGUUCGCCGGGGUGACUGGGUGCCGUGGGCUGGAGAGCUUGCGGGCGGCGGAGGAGGACGUCGAGGACGCAGUAGGGUCCGACGAAUGCGUCCUGGAGAACGCGGCGGAUGCUCCCGACGAAGGAGUGCCAAUUGAUCGCCGAGCGGUCCGCGGCAAGUUGGAGCUUGUCGACGGAGGAGGCGUCAAUGGGAGGGGGAAGAGGGGGAGGAGUGGUAUCCAUGAGGGGCGACGGCGGGUGGACCCGCGACGGCCUCGAGGGGGACGACCAGGGUUUAGGGUUGCACCCGCGGCGGGUGGACCCGCGGCGGUCAAGGAGGAGGGCGACGGCGGGUGGACCCGCGGCGGCCAAGAGGGAGGGGGGGGGGGAGGUGCUGCUGCAGGAGGAUGGAGCUCUGCUCAGGCUGCUGCUGCUGCUGCUGUUGCUGCUGUUGCUGCUGCCGCUGCUGCCGCUGCUGCCGCUGCUGCUGCUGCUGCCGCUACUGCCGCUGCUGCUGCUGCCGCUACUGCCGGAGGGGAGGGGAGAAGGGGAAGGGGGAGGAUGUGA